AUGUUGAAUAAGCAGAAGACUUCUAUUCUGUUCAGCUCUAAUACAAAUAACGAGGUUAGGGAGGAAAUCUUUAGAGAGGCUGGGUCUGUGAUUUGUGAUAGGUAUGAGGAAUAUUUGGGGUUGUCAGCAGUAGUUGGCAGGUCAAAAUAUAAUGCCUUAAGAAGCAUCAAGGAGAAAGUAUGGCAUAAACUUCAAAAUUGGAAGAAUGGUUUCCUCUCUAAGGAAGGAAAGGAAGUAUUGAUCAAGGCUGUUCUACAAGCAAUUCCUACUUAUUCUAUGAGUGUUUUUCAACUGCCUCAGCGACUGUGUCAUGAGAUUGAAGCUUUGUUUGCAAAGUUUUGGUGGGCACAUCAAAAAAAUGGAAAAAGGGUGCAUUGGUGGAGGUGGGACAGAUUGGGGCAGUGCAAGGGAAGAGGGGGGUUGGGUUUCAGAAUGCUGGAGGACUUUAAUAAGGCCUUACUUGCAAAACAAGGUUGGAGACUGUUAAAAGAGCCUGAGUCAUUAGUUGGAAGAAUUUUUAAGGAUAAAUAUUUUAAGAAUCUUCAUUUGCUCGAGGCCUCUUUGGGUAAAUCUCCAUCAUUUGUAUGGAGAAGUAUCUGGUCUGCUAUGGAUGUGCUGAAAAGAGGAAUGAUAUGGAGAGUUGGAAAUGGAGAAGAUAUCAAAAUAUGGGGCCAAAAAUGGUUGCCUAAACCUGGUUCUGGUUGUGUCCAAUCCCAAGUGAGUAUCUUGCAAAAUGAAGCUUAUGUAAAUGAGCUUAUUGAUACGGAUGGCAAAAGGUGGAAGGAGGAGUUGGUUAGGUUGGUUUUUGAAGAGGAAGAGGCAAAUUUGAUACUGUCCAUUCCUAUUCGUGGGGGGGCAGUGGAUAAAGUUAUACGGAUUGCUACUGUAAAUCUAGAAGAAUACUCGUUGGCUUUUAAGAAGGGGAGUGAUGGAGUAGUACAAAGGUGCACAACCAGAAGAGGAUUGGGUUGGCGAAGGCAUGAGGGGGAAAGCUUUAAAGCAAACUUUGAUGCAGCUAUUAAUGAAGCAGAACAGACUAUGGGACUGGGAGUAGUUAUCAGAGACUGUAAUGGAGAGAUGAUGGCUGUAAAAUGUGCAAACAGAAAAUGUAGAAGCUCUCCUUUUAUUACAGAAUGUUCAGCUAUGUGGGAGGCAAUGGAACUAUGUAAAGAGCUGGGUUUUUGGGAAGUGUGGCUGGAGGGGAUGCAAAGGAAGUUAUUGAUGCAGUAA